AUGCUUCACGGAUAUCGUCCUCGGUUCCACCAAGGUGUUCUGAGGGAAUUGUCAAAAACUGCGGAUAAUUGGGAGCCUCCUGAAGAGGUACGUGAAGCUGUCCGUGAACAACUAGAGAAGAACAAGAAGAACAAGGACAAGGCCAGGUAUGAUAGGCACGGGCACGACAACACCAAUUAUACAAAUGGAGAAGUAGUGGUCAUGAAAAGGGUUCCUACGGUUACUGGGGAGUCUACGAAGUUACAGGACCGCUACAGAGGACCGCUAGUUGUCAUAGAAGUACUACCGGGAGAUGUCUACCGUGUUGCAGAAUUGGACCAAACAAAAAACAGCAGAUUUGCGACAACGGCACAUGUGUCCCAGUUAAAAUCAUGA